CUCCAGCUGGCUUAUCUUAUCUGCCUUGUGGUAUUUUUUGGGUCUUUUAUAAAUAUUGCAUUGUUAAACUGGGUUUUACGGUCCACUUCCCGUGAUUUGUGCAGCAACCCAGUGGCAGAGAGCGGGCAGAUGUUCUGCGAAUAGUGGAGUCCAUAGUUUGCAUGCAUUGCGAUUAGUUUGUGGCGAUCGGUUGGCGAGGCGAGGCGAGGAACAACCUGUGGCAGCCAGCAGGACAGGAAACACGACCGUAGUGGACACGAUAGCGCGGGAUUCAACAGGAGGAGCAGGAGCAGGAGCAGCAGCAGGAUGAGCUGCUUCAGUGCGAUGAGUGCCCCGCUGCUGGGCGAGAUGGAGCAGACCAUCGGGAUGCUGGAGCGCGGCACCAUAGUGACCAAGUUGUAUGGGAAGCAGCGUCGUCCGGACCGCCGCCACCUGAUGCUCAUCCGCGAGACGCGCCAGCUGAUCUGGGCUACGGUGGCCACCCAGACGCCGAGGACAGACUACGAGGGCGCCAUCCAGCUGCGCGAGAUCCGCGAGAUCCGGGUGGGCAAGCACUCCAAGGAGUUCCGCCUGUUCGCCGACGAUUGCCAGCGCUUCGAGUCCAGCAAAUGCUUCGUCAUCCUGCACGGCAGCCAGUUCAAGCUGAAGAGCUUCUCGGUGGUGGCUCUGUCGGAGAUCGAGGCCGAGAACUGGGUGAGGGGCCUGCACUACAUGGUCAAGGACACCCUGGGGGCGCCAUAUCCCCUGCAAAUCGACCGCUGGCUGCGGCGGGAGUACUACCAAAUCGAGAACGUCAACUCGCACUCGGCCAAGGCCACCGAACAGUCGCCGGCCCAGGUGACCAUCAAGGACUUCAAGCUCUUCCUGGCCAGCGUCAGCUGCAAGAUGACCACCGGCAAGUUCAUGGAGCACUUCAACGAGGACGUGCGGCGCAAGCACGACCUCAAGUUCGACGACUUCUCGCGUCUGUAUCAGAAGCUUCUGCUGCCCAAUGGCUUUGCCAGCAAUCUCUCAGGCUCAGGAUCGGGUGGGGCCAACUUUCCCUACUCGGAGGACCAGCAGGUGGUACGGCCGGCGGAGCUGAAGCGCUUCCUGGAGACGGAACAGCGCGAUGUGAGCUCCAGUGAGAUCAGCAAUGCGGCCAUUGCCACCUUCAUUCGGGACUUUGUGCAGGACGUGGAGCGGGACUGCCAGGAGCCGUAUCUGACCUUCGCGGAGUUCGUGGACUUUCUGUUCUCCAAGCAGAACGACCUGUGGAACAGCAAGUACGACUCGGUGUUCAUGGACAUGAACCUGCCGCUCUCCUCCUACUGGAUCGCCUCGUCGCACAACACCUACCUGACGGGCGAUCAGUUCUCCAGCGAGUCCUCCUGCGAGGCCUACGCCCGCGCCCUGCGCAUGGGCUGUCGCUGCAUCGAGCUGGACUGCUGGAAUGGGCCGGACAACCUGCCCUACAUCUUCCACGGCCACACCAUGACCUCGAAGAUCAAGUUCAUGGACGUCAUCAAGACGAUCAAGGACCACGCCUUCACCACCUCCGAGUAUCCGGUGAUCCUGUCCAUCGAGCAGAACUGCUCCCUGGAGCAGCAGCGCAACAUGGCGCAGGCCUUGAUCGAGGUCUUUGGGGACAUGCUGCUCUCCCAACCCUGCGACCGAAACGAACAGCACCUGCCGUCGCCAUACCAGCUGCGCCGCAAGAUCAUCCUCAAGCACAAGAAGCUGCCGCAGUUCGACGAUAUCACCAAUGGCAUUUCGGGCACCGGAUCGCUGGGCCACAGAUCCUCGCUGGGCGGAGCGGGCGGCGGAGGGCAUGGGGAGACGGAUGGCGAGAAUGUGCGCAAGGUGUUCAAGGAGGGGCUGCUGUACUUCAAGGACCCGGUGGACAAGUCCUGGAACCUGUACCAGUUCGUCCUCACCCACCAGGAGCUCAUCUACUCCUCGGAGAUCAACGAGUCGCGCAACGGCAACUCCGAGGACGACGACUUUGGACUGUCCUCCUCGUGUACCCUGAACAGCAACAUGCAGCAAAAGCAAAAGGACACGUCGGCCAACGAUGAGCUACACUUUGGCGAGAACUGGUUUCAUGGCAAACUGGAAGGUGGCAGAAAGGAGGCGGAUGAUCUACUGAAGCAGUAUAAACACCUUGGCGACGGAACAUUUUUGGUACGCGAGUCGGCCACCUUUGUGGGCGACUACAGCCUCUCCUUUUGGCGGCGAAAUCGACCCAAUCACUGUCGCAUCAAGCUGAAGCACGAGAAUGGUUCCAUCAAGUACUAUCUGGUGGAGAAUUUCGUGUUCGAUUCCCUCUACUCGCUGAUCGUUUACUAUCGCAAGAACAUGCUGCGCAGCUCGGAGUUCUCGAUUAUUCUCAAGGAGCCAGUGCCGCAGCCCAAGAAGCACGAGGACCAGGAGUGGUUCCACCCGAACACCACCAAGGAGCAGGCCGAACAGGGUCUGUACAGGCUGGACAUCGGUUCGUUUCUCGUCCGACCGUCGGUGCAGAGCAUAAACGCCUUUGUGAUCUCGUUCACCAUCAAUCGCAAGAUCAAGCACUGUCGGAUCAUGCAGGAGGGCCGUCUCUACGGCAUCGACACCAUGAAUUUCGAGUCUCUGGUCUCCCUGAUCAACUACUACACGCGCAAUCCGCUCUAUCGCAAUGUCAAGCUCAGCCAUCCGGUCUCCCAGGAGCUGCUGCGUCAGGCGCUGGCGGAGAGCGCCCAGGGCGACCACAGCCACAACGACAACGGGGCCUCCAACUACAUGGGCUCCAACCUGGAGGAGUAUGUCACCUGCAAGGCGCUCUACAGCUACAAGGCGAACAAGCCGGACGAGCUAUCGUUCCCCAAGCACGCCAUCAUCACGAACGUGCAGCGGGACAACACCAUGUGGUGGAUUGGCGACUACGGCGGCAUGAUAAAGAAGCAUCUGCCGGCGAACUAUGUGAAGGUCAUUGAUUCCGCCACGGAGGACUACAACUCGUUGAACGAGGAGGGCACCGACGGACGCACCGACUCCAUUGAGAUAUUUGGGGCUGUGGCCUCGCUCUUCGAGUCCAACGAGCCGGGUAUCAUCUUCAAGCUGCAGAUACAAACGCCCACGAUGCAGAAUCCGUUUGUGAUUGGCUUCGACAACCAGGAGACGGCCUACGAGUGGAUCAAGGCCAUCCAGGAGGCGGCGCUUAUAGCCAGCCAGCUGGCCUCGGAGCGGAGGAAAAAGGAGCGCACUGCGCGCGUGGCCAAGGAGAUGUCGGACCUCAUUAUCUACUUCCGCAGCGUGCCCUUCCGCGAGCACUCGUGGAUCUUCCAGGAGAUGUCCAGCUUUCCGGAGACCAAGGCGGAGAAGCAGUUCUUCCAGCAGAACACCCAGCUGUUCCUGUUGUACCAUCGCAAUCAGAUCAGUCGCGUGUACCCGAAGGGUCAGCGCCUGGACUCGUCGAACUUCAACCCGAUGCCCUUCUGGAACAUUGGAUCGCAGAUGAUCGCCCUGAACUACCAGACGGGCGACAAGGCCAUGCAGCUGAAUCAGGCCAAGUUCCGCAACAAUGGCCAGUGCGGCUACAUCUUGAAGCCGGCGUUCAUGAAGUCGGAUAACUUCAAUCCGAACAACCCCCUGUGCGACGGCUUUGGCGAGGUGAAGGUCAGCAUUCGCCUGAUAGCUGCUCGCCACCUGUUUCGUGGCGGCAAGUCGAACAAUCCACAGAUUGUGGUGGAGAUAGUGGGAGCCAGCUACGAUACGGGCGUAAAGUAUCGCACCAAGGUCAACGAGAACGGCUUCAACCCGGUGUGGAACGAGUCGUGCGAGUUCAACGUGCGCAAUCCGCAGUUCGCCAUCCUGCGCUUCGAGGUCCAGGACGAGGACAUGUUCGCGGAGACGCACUUCAUCGCCCAGGCCUGCUACCCGCUGACCUGUGUGCGCCAGGGCUACCGCAGCGUCAUCCUGCGCAACAAGUUCAGCGAGGAGCUGGAGCUGACGUCGCUGCUGAUCAAUAUCAAGAUCGUAAAUGCCACCUCGCCCUAGAUGGAUGCGUUGCGAGUGCCAGGAAUGAUUCCAAAUCUGCUUGCUGGUGUGGAUCGAGUGUUUGGGAAAGCAAACAGUGGUUGCUCCUAGGGAAAGCUAAGCUUUUCGCAACAGCAAUUUGCCGAACUCAGCGCAAACAUCCGCCAGUUCCAUCAGACUAUGACCUAAGACCUCAUCCCACGACUCAUUUACUAGUUUUGAAAGGGAAAAAGUUACCGAAAACUUUGACUAGUUUCUACACCCCUCAGAAGUUACUACCUUUUAUAAGUAGUAUUCCCAUAAAAAUCCAAAUCAUGUUAACCCUUGCUCUUCCAUUAUGUUGGCGUGUUCUACUAAAUCGUCAAAUCGUCUAAUGUUUAAUUGUGGUUUUUAAAUUACUGUCGUUUAGUACUAAUUUUACUAAAAUAUCUUUAAUAUCAGAACUGAGUACUAUGGCUUUGAUAAAAUUAUGCGAAUGCUGUACGACAUCGUUUUAAAACAACAUAUCAGUAGCAAACUUCGAAACGAUUUAAAUAAUAGUAAUCAUGUCUUCCUGUCUUCAUUUUACAUUUCCUCAAUUUAGUAAAACAGGAAAUAUAAGCAUGUUGGUUCGUAGGUCAUUUGAAAGCACCUUUUCAAAGUCUAAGUUUAUGAAAUAACACCUUUUCAGACCUUCUUCCUAGCACAAAUACUCAAAUCAUCUUCGAAAGGAGUCAUGAAAUUAAUAACUAAAACUGAAAAAGAUAAAUAACACAAGUGCCUUUAAACUGAACAUAAUCAAAAAAUAUAACUAAAUUUGUUUGUAAAGCGUAUUUAAUGAGUUUGUUUUCUAACUCAGACUUGUGAAUGCAUGUUUUAAACUAAUGUUUGAACCUUUUUAGGCCGGGAUUCCCGGUGAAAAUGAUUUGACUUUUCUCGAAAGCAAUCAUUAAUCACAUUCUCUCAAUAUUUUUGAAUUUCUAUGUGAUUAAAUAAUAUCAUUAAAAUGUCUUUCCUCGCACGUGACUCUCCUAAACGGCAGGAUCUUCAAAUUCUAAACCAACCUAAGGAACGUCAUUCUUUCUAAUGCAUUUUGUAAUAUAAAUAUACUAUCACUACUUGAGUUAAGAAGUGCAACAUUAAUAAACCAGGACUUAUACCCAUAAAGUUGACAGAUUUACCAUCUGAAAAUCGACACAACUCCAUACAUAUCACAUGUCUUGCAUUUGCAUUUAUAACCACAUAUACGAACAACAUUCUGCAGGACACACUAGAAACUGUGCAAAUGAUCAUACUUUUUGCACCACAGAUCUAAAUAGGAUAUUUUCGCUUUUGAAAAUAGGCCAAUAGUUUUUAGUAUAUGUACCCAAAAUGUAUUUAAGCUGUACGUUCCGUUUUUAAGUGUAUCUGUAUAUCUAAUAGAUGUUUUCAAUUAUUUUGUAAAUGCCUUUUAUGCAUACAUUAUUUAAUGCCAAAUAAAUAUUUACCGGCGUUUGCUGUCUAUAUA